AUGAUGUUUGCCUAUGGUAUGGAUAAUAGCAAAGGUUCUUUUGUUAUCCCAACAGUACUGCUACCACUCCGGAACGACAGCCACUCUGAAACCUCUAUGUCUCUGGCAAGCCAUGAGAUGACAGAUUUAUCCAAGGAACACAGAGCAGAGAGGAACAGUACUGUCUUGCAGUAUGAACUGAGACCAGGGGAAAUAGUAGUAGCCAGCGUGGUUUUUGGAGCAUUAUGGCUGUUCUCUGUCUUUGGAAAUUCCCUUGUUUGUUUAGUGAUCCACCGGAGCAGGAGGACUCAGUCUACCACCAACUACUUUGUGGUCUCCAUGGCUUGUGCCGAUCUCCUCAUUAGCAUGACGAGUGCUCCGUUUGUGCUGCUCCAGUUUAUGUCUGGCAGGUGGACACUUGGGAGCAUUAUGUGCAAGCUAGUGAGAUAUUUUCAAUAUCUCACCCCUGGUGUUCAGAUCUACGUGCUGCUGUCUAUCUGCGUAGAUAGGUUCUACACAAUUGUCUAUCCUUUGAGUUUCAAAGUGUCCAGAGAAAAAGCCAAGAAAAUGAUUGCAGCAUCUUGGAUCUUUGAUGCUGCUUUUGUGUCCCCAGCUUUCUUUUUCUAUGGCUCCAGUUGGGACAACCAUUGCAACUUUUUUCUCCCGUAUUCUUGGGAUGGAGCUGUCUAUAGCAUCAUCCAUCUUUUGGUGAGUUUUUUGAUUCCAUCCAUUUUCAUCAUCCUAUUUUACCAAAAGGUCAUCAAAUACAUUUGGAGGAUAGGAACCGAUGGCAGAACAGUCAGGCGGACCAUGAAUAUAGUACCAAGGACAAAAGUGAAAACCAUCAAGAUGUUCCUGAUGUUAAAUUUAGUAUUUCUGCUAUCAUGGCUCCCUUUUUACGUGGUGCAGCUGUGGCACCCACAGGAGACAGACUACAGAAAGAGUUCUUUGGUUUUCAUGGCUAUCACUUGGAUAUCCUUUAGUUCGUCAGCCUCUAAGCCCACCCUGUACUCAGUGUAUAAUGCAAACUUCAGAAAAGGGAUGAAAGAAACAUUUUGCAUGUCCUCCAUGAAAUGCUACCGAAGCAAUGCAUACACCAUCACCACCAGUUCAAGGAUAGCCAAAAAAAAUUAUGUUGGAAUCUCAGAAAUCCCUGCACCAGCCAAAACUGUAACCAAAGACUCAAUCUAUGAUUCAUUUGACAGAGAAGCAAAGGAAAAAAAGCUUGCUUGGCCUAUUAAUUCGAACCCACCAAAUACAUUUGUCUAAUUGAUUUGAAUAAU